AACGAUUAACGAUUAAAGUUAAUUAUUAAGGCAUAAGAACCUGAUGUGUGUUGACUGUAAGAAGGUGGUGUGUACUAAAUGUGGAGUUGAGACCCAGGGCUGCGGAAAGGAAGGAACUAUCUGGCUUUGUAAGAUCUGCUCUGAAACCAGGGAGGUCUGGAAGAAGUCUGGAGCUUGGUUUUUCAAGCAAGGAAUGCCUAUGCAGGAUCUCAUCGGAGAAGAUUUAUUCCAAACCAGUCCUGAAGAGCAGCAUUCAAGGGAACGAAGAUACACCGUGUAUAAACCAACAAGAAAGAAGGCUCCAGAAGAUGCUGAGGAGAGGGAUGGGGAUGAGGAUGGAAGUAGUGAUGAAGAUGGAAGUUUAUCCAAACGAACGUUUGCAUUUAAUCAUGAGAAACGUGACAGUAAUGGAAGCUGUUCUCUCUCUCUACAGAGUAACUUCAGCUCUAUGGAUUCCCUGUACUGUCCUGAGACUGAUCUAUACAGAAGAUCUGAACCUGGAUCAGGGGGUAGACCAAACCUUCCUGCUCUUCCUCUCAGGGGUUCACCUGGUAGACGUCCUCCUCCGUCUAGAGGUAGUCCUUUACACUUCCGUCCCCGUCCACCACUUCCAAGGAUGAACCGUCCACCUGGUCCUCCCUGGACCCACCGUCCUCCCUUCCCCUCCCCUAGAGGUCCCCGGCCACCCCCUUUAGGUAGUCCAAGAGGUUCUCCACGAGGUAUGACUCGAGGACGACAUCCUGGAGGUCGUCGACCACCGUCCUCCAGACCAGUUUCCUGUCCUCCAUCUAGACAUGAAUCCUCCGGUUCUCAAACCCCUCCUCCUCUAGAGGAUAGAGAGGUUACACCUGGAAAAGAAUCUUCAUCUCCGUCAGACUCCGACCUUACAGAGGUUCCGCUCUCUUUAUCUCUGGACGGGAAACCUAGACAUAGAGGAAGCGCUGAUGGUGUGAUAUCAACUUUAAGAAGAUUGAGCACAGUGAAUCGAAAAUCCAGAUCUAAAAGACGGAUUCAAGAUUUUGGAUUGGAGUUGCAGGAGGAGGGAGCAGAGAAGGGCAGUUCUUCAAGAAAAGAGAAGGAUGUGAAGAGUCAAGGUUCAGAUGAUGGUACCUCUAUGUCUCCUAGGACACCUGAAGGAAGUUCUGGACUGCUUGAAUUUGCUCUCAUCUACGACGAGACAGCAUCCCUCCUACUAGUAAAUAUCCUUAGAGCAAAGGGUUUGAAAGGACUCGAUGUGAACGGCCUAUGUGAUUCCUACUGCAGGGUUACCCUAGUACCCCCUAGUAAAAAGGUAACCCACCAGAGAACUAAAACUGUGAUGAAGAGUAUACACCCUGAAUAUACAAGCUUACUCAACUUCCCAGAUAUACCAAGAGAUCAGCUCUCUACUAUGCAUAUGCUUAUGCAUAUACUAGAUGAAGAUAUAUCCGGAGAUCAUCUGUUAGCUGAAGCAAGGGUGGGUCUUAUCAAAAUAUUUCCUCAAAUGCAGAAACAAUUUCAAGUUUGUCUUCACAGACCUGUUUUCCAGGAUGGAAGUGACAGUAUCCUGGUAGCUAGUGAUUGCGGACAAAUGGAUUUAUCUGUAGCUUUCUACUCACAACAUGGAACUCUAAAGGUCUCUAUUAUCAGCUGUAAAGGACUAUCUCCCCUAGACGCGCAAGUAAACCCCUUCGUUAGAGUUACACUUCUGCCGGAAAACAAUGGAGACAACAAAAGAAAAACAACAAUGAAGUGGAAAACACCUGAUCCUGAGUACAAUGAACAGUUUGUUUACUUGACAAAUAUCACUGAUCUACCAAAGCAGAGUUUAUCUGUUACACUAUGGAGUUACAACAAGGAUGUACCAGAAGAUUAUUUGGGUGGUUUGGUGCUGGGACUAGGAUGCAAGGGAGAACGAUUAAAACACUGGGCGAGUGUGAUUAAACAUCCAAAUAAGGUUCACAAAAAAACUCAUACUCUGAGCUCAAAUUUUCUUGGUUAACGAAACCAAACCCUCCAGCUUUCUUUAAUUUUGUUUAGUUAAACCCAACCCUCCAUCAUUUUUGAACCUUGGUUGGUGAAACCCAACCCUGCAUCCUUUCUGAACCUUGGAUAGUGAAACCCAACCCUCCAUCCUUUCUGAACCUUGGAUAGUGAAACCCAACCCUCUAUCUUUUCUGAAACUUGGUUAGUGAAACCCAACCCUCCAUCCUUUCUGAACCUUGGUUAGUGAAACCCAAACCUCCAUUCCUUCUGAACCUUGGAUAGUGAAACCCAACCCUCCAUCCUUUCUGAACCUUGGAUAGUGAAACCCAACCCUACAUCCAUUUUUAAACCUUGGAUAGUGAAAUCCAACCCUCCAUGCUUUCUAAAACUUGGAUAGUGAAACCCAUCCCUCCAUCCUUUCUGAACAUUGGUUAGUGAAACCCAACCCUCCAUCCUUUCUGAACCUUGGUUAGUGAAACCCAACCCUCCAUCAUUUCUGAACAUUGGUUAAUGAAACGGAAACCCAACCCUCCAUCUUUUCUGAAUUUUGGAUAGUGAAACCCAACCCUCCAUCCUUUCUGAACCUUGAAUAGUGAAAUCAAACUAUCCAUCUUUUUUCAACUAUAUUCUUCUUCUCUAAACUCUACCUUAGCUCGAAGCAUGUUGAAACUUCUCAAAACUUCUCUAGAUUUAUGAAGCUUAUGAAAAACUUUUAUGAAUAUCGACCUGGGAGAAAUAGUCGAUAUAAAGGAACUAGUUUUCUAAUACUACAUCGCCCUUUCUAAUCAAUAUUCAUGGACACAGCCCCUACUAGAGACAUAUUUCGAUAAAAUUAUAAAUAGUUUGUAAAACAGAAAUUGUCAACUAUUCUCCCAGUGUAGGAAAAUUCCAACAGUUAUGUAUUUUAUUAUGUGUUUAUCAUGCUAGUUUACAACUUUUUAUAUUCAAAUUUUUUAAUCUAAAUUUUCUAUUUGUACAAUACUUACUUAUUGAACUUUCUGCUCCAUUUUCCUUAGUUCUUUGAGAAAUGUUUCCGGGAAAGGAGUUAAAUAUGUGUUGACCAACUUUUUUUUAUUUUUUGCUUCAAUCCUGAUAUUUAACUCUAUUUACAAAUCCUUCAAUUUCAAUAUAUUUUAAAGGGACUGUAAGCGUAAUUUCAAGUGACCUUGGAUUUAUGGAGUGGCACAUCAUGUCUGAUUUACAACAAACCCCUUUAAAUCUUUGUUUAAUUAAGGAUUUAUAAAGCGGGAAAUUAAGUGCCAAGAAUUACCCCGGGAGUGUACAACAGCAUGGAGUGUAUAGUUCACACUGCACUCAAUCUAUAUUAUACCAAUGAGAGAAUCUACCUCUUUGUUAGCCGGACAAAGGUUUAAAGGGUACUAGUGGGAAUCGAACAUGCAUCUCAUAAGUGAAAGGUCGCUUGAAAUUACGCUUACAGUCCCUUUAACCAGUAAAAUUUAUAAAUAUUAAAUUUUAUUGAAAUCAUUAAAUUGUAUGCACUUGUAAACAUCUUGUCUGCACCUUCAUUCAAACUCAUAUUAGCUUCUUAACAAAUUGUAAUAUCUUAAAAGAUUCUGAAAAUAAAUUCUAUUAACUCGUUGA